AUUUUUUUGGGUUUUCGCUUUCCCACCUCCAUCGGAAUUGGAUCUCUUCUCUAAAAUCCCCCCUCCCCAAGCAGAGAGAGAGAGAGGCAGAGCCGCAGAGCAGCCAAUUCUUCCCUCCCCCCACCUCCUCUAGACGCCAUGGCGCCGAGCUCCCCGUCCUCCGCCGCGCCCGCGCGCGCCUCAUCGCGGAAGCGAGCCGCCAAGGCGGCCAGGGACGACCAGAUCCAGGGGGAGGGGGAGGCGCAGGCGCAGGCGGAGGAGGAGGAGGAGGAGGAGGUCGCGGCCUCCACCAAGCGCCGCCGCGGGAGGUCCUCAGCGAAGAAGCCCCCGCAGAAGAAGGCCAGACCGGCCAGGGCGGGGACGAGGAGAAAGGAGGCAGUGGAGGACGACGUGUGCGCCGAGGAGCCCGACGAGGAGGAGAUGGCCAUGGGCGAGGAGGAGGAGGAGGCGAGGGAGGAGGAGGCGGCUGCGGCGGCGUCGCCGGAGAAGGCGGGGAGGAAGCGCGUAGCGCAGCCCCGCGUCACCAGCCGCGGCGCCGACCACGAGCCGGAGUUCCUCGGCGCGCCCGUCCCCGCGGCUGAGGCGCGGAGCAAGUGGCCCAAGAGAUACGACCGCAACUCCGCCAGGAGGCCGGAGGAGGAGGAGGACGUCAAGGCCAGGUGCCACUACCGCUCCGCCAAGGUGGACAACGUCGUCUACUGCCUCAACGACGACGUCUAUGUCAAGGCUGGAGAAGGUGAGGCUGAUUACAUCGGCCGCAUAACUGAAUUCUUUGAGGGAACAGACCGCCGUAGUUAUUUCACUUGCCAAUGGUUCUUCCGUGCAGAGGACACGGUAAUCAAUGCCCUGGUGUCCAUAAAUGUCGAUGAGCAUAAGCAUGACCCUAAACGUGUUUUCCUUUCUGAGGAAAAGAAUGACAAUGUACUUGAUUGCAUCAUUUCAAAGGUUAAGAUAGUCCAUGUUGAUCCAAAUAUGGAUCCAAAAGCCAAGGCUCAGCUGAUACAAGACUGUGACCUGUACUAUGACAUGUCUUACUCCGUUGCAUAUUCUACAUUUGCUAAUAUCUCAUCAGAAAAUGGGGCUUCAGGCAGUGAAACUACUUCUGGUAUUUCUUCUGAUGAUGUGCAUUUGGAGACGCCAUCUGGUAUGCCAGAGAGAACAGCAACCCUUCUUGAUCUAUAUUCUGGCUGUGGGGGCAUGUCAACAGGUCUCUGCUUGGGUGCAGCACUUGCAGGCCUGAAACUAGAAACGCGAUGGGCAGUUGACCUUAACAGCUAUGCAUGUGAAAGUCUGAAGUACAACCAUCCACAGACUGAGGUGCGGAAUGAGAAAGCCGAUGAGUUUCUUGCUCUCCUUAGGGAAUGGGCAGUCUUAUGUGACAAAUAUGUCAAUGAAGAUGUGGGUUCGGAUUUAGCAGGAUCAGUUGAUGAAAAGGAUGAUGGCAGCCUUCCGGAACUUGACGAGGAUGAGUUUGUAGUAGAGAAGCUAAUCGGAAUAUGUUAUGGUGGCAGCGGCAGGGAAAAUGGCCUCCAUUUUAAGGUCCAGUGGCAAGGUUAUGGUCCCGAAGAGGAUACAUGGGAGCCCAUUGAUAACCUCAGUGACUGCCCAUUGAAAAUUAGAGAAUUUGUACAAGAAGGAUAUAGGAAAAGAAUUUUGCCACUGCCUGGUGAUGUUGAUGUCAUUUGUGGAGGCCCACCAUGUCAAGGAAUCAGUGGAUUCAAUCGGUUCAGAAACCGUGAUGAGCCGCUUAAAGAUGAGAAAAACAAGCAAAUGGUGACAUUCAUGGAUAUUGUGGCUUACUUGAAGCCAAAGUAUGUUCUAAUGGAAAAUGUCGUAGACAUAAUUAAAUUUGCUGAUGGCUACCUAGGAAGAUAUGCUUUGAGCUCCUUAGUGGCUAUGAAUUACCAAGCACGGCUUGGAAUGAUGGUUGCGGGCUGUUAUGGUCUGCCACAGUUCAGGAUGCGUGUUUUCCUUUGGGGUGCUCUUCCUUCCAUGGUGCUCCCUAAGUAUCCUCUCCCCACAUAUGAUGUUGUUGUACGUGGAGGAGGCCCUAGCGCUUUCUCGGAAUCUAUUGUUGCAUAUGAUGAAACUCAAAAACCAUCGUUGAAGAAAGCUUUGCUUCUUGGUGACGCAAUCUCAGAUUUACCAAAGGUAGAGAACCAUCAACCAAAUGAUAUCAUGGAAUAUAGUGCUUCCCCCAAGACGGAAUUCCAGCGCUAUAUUCGAUUGAGCCGUAAAGGCAUGUUGGAUUACUCCUUUGGUGGCGAGGCUGGUCCAGAUGAAGGCAAGUUGUUGGAUCACCAACCCUUACGGCUGAACAACGAUGAUUAUCAGCGGGUGCAGCAGAUUCCUGUGAAGAAGGGAGCCAACUUCCGUGACCUGAAGGGUGUCAAGGUCGGAGCAAAUAAUGUUGUUGAGUGGGAUCCGGAAGUUGAGCGUGUGUACCUGUCGUCUGGGAAACCUCUAGUUCCUGACUAUGCAAUGUCCUUCAUCAAGGGCAAAUCAUCCAAGCCAUUUGGGCGCCUGUGGUGGGAUGAAACAGUUCCUACAGUGGUGACCAGAGCGGAGCCUCAUAACCAGAUUAUAUUGCAUCCAGAACAGGCAAGAGUCUUGACUGUAAGGGAGAACGCAAGAUUACAGGGAUUCCCGGACUACUAUCGAUUGUUUGGUCCGAUCAAGGAGAAGUACAUCCAAGUGGGCAAUGCGGUGGCUGUCCCUGUGGCCCGGGCGCUGGGCUACUGUCUGGGUCAAGCGUACCUGGGCGAGUCAGAGGGGAGCCACCCGUUGUACAAGUUGCCUGAAAGCUUCACCUUGGUGGGGCAGCCUGUGGCGCCGGCCAGGGCUUCCUCUGUCAGCACUCCUGCAGGGGAGGUGGUUGAGCAGUAAGAACAGAGCAGAUGAGCAGAGCAAGAUGAACACUCUGGUUGGGUUCGAUUCGGAUCUAUCCAGGAGCAUGUUACUAAUUAUCAGCUUGGGCGAUGUACUGGUUCUUAUGGUUGGAUUGAUUAACGCUGUAGCGUUGGUGGCACUUGAGCUUGAGUGCUUGUUGUAACUGUAAUGUUGGUUAGAGGAUUCAAAACAUUCAUUGGCCUGGUUGUAGGUGACCUUUCUCGUGUCCUGUCAAUUUAGCAGUCUGCUGAUUCAAUACUUGCAUCAUGUUCGUGUAUCCAAGUGUGAAAUCAUUGAUUAUUAUUGUUCAA